AUGUCCGACGAGGAAGGCCAGGAGCUUGUCACCAAGCCCUUCAAGUUUGUCACUGGCACUGAUGCCCGUUUCCCCAACGUGAACCAGACCAAGCACUGCUGGCAAAACUACGUCGACUACCACAAGUGCAUCCUCGCCAAGGGAGAGGACUUUGCGCCUUGCCGUCAGUUCUGGUUGGCCUACCGAUCACUGUGCCCCUCUGGAUGGUACCAGCGAUGGGACGAGCAGCGCGAGUCUGGUAACUUCCCUGUGAAGCUUGAUGCUUAG